UGCAAAGAUAAACAUCCCUAUGGGAGAAUCAGGCAACAAAAAUGAAGAAAAGACUGCCACUUUUGUAAAUGGAAAGGUCCAAGAGUUACCCAUCAAGGGAAAUUACCCAGAUGAUAAGGAUCAGUUGCCUCUGAUUUCAAGGUCUAAUGAUUCAUUGAGACAAUCCCAUUGUGCUAUCUGCAUUGCCAAGAGAGUUGUCGAAUCGUGCGUUCGAGAACUAGGCUAAUGAACAUUUUGGUGGAAAGAGGGAAGCCUCAGGAGGCUCAGUCCCUUUUCAAUGGUUUGAUUGAAGGAGGACACAGGCCAUCACUGAUAUCAUACACUACACUGUUGGCUGCCUUGACUGCCCAGAAGCGUUUCGAGUCCAUUCCUUUUGUUAUUUCACAGGUAGAAGAGAAUGGAUUGAGUCCUGAUUUGAUAUUCUUCAAUGCUGUUAUAAAUGCAUUUUCUGAAUCUGGGAACGUAGAGGAAGCAAUGAAAAUGUUUAGGAAGAUGAAGGAGAGUGGAUUGAAACCCACUACCAGUACUUAUAACACAUUGAUCAAAGGGUAUGGGAUUUCGGGUAAGCCUGAGGAUUCUUUGAAAGUGCUAGAGAUGAUGUCCCGAGAGGAAAAUGUGAAGCCGAAUAUCAGGACUUAUAAUGUACUAGUCAGAGCAUGGUGUAAGAAGAAGAACAUCACAGAGGCAUGGAGCGUGGUGCAUAAGAUGGUUGCUUCUGGAAUGCGGCCUGAUGCUGUUACUUACAACACAUUAGCAACAGCUUAUGCACAAAAUGGAGAGACAAGUCAGGCAGAAGGCCUGAUUUUAGAGAUGCAGAACAACAAGUUGUAUCCGAACGAGCGAACUUGUGGCAUUAUCAUAAGCGGGUAUUGCAAGGAAGGUAAGUUGAAGGAGGCCUUAAGGUUUAUGCGCAGAAUAAAAGAUCUUGGUCUGCGCCCGAACAUCGUUGUCUUUAACUCGCUGGUUAAAGGUUUCGUAGACACCAUGGAUAGAGAUGGGGUUGAUCAGGUGCUGAAGUUGAUGGAAGAAUUUGGGGUCAAACCAGAUGUGAUAACAUUCAGCACCAUCAUGAAUGCAUGGAGCACGGCAGGGUUUAUGGAGAAGUGUAGGCAAAUAUUCGACGACAUGGUGAAGGCCGGCAUAAAACCUGAUGCGCAUGCAUACAGCAUUCUUGCCAAAGGUUACGUGCGUGCUCAAGAAGUUGAGAAAGCUGAAGAACUAUUGGCAACCAUGAUCAAAUCAGGAGUUCGUCCCAAUGUUGUGAUAUUCACAACCAUCAUAAGUGGAUGGUGCAGUUCUGGCAGAAUGGAGAACGCGAUUAAAGUUUUCGAUAAGAUGUAUGAGUCCGGUAUUUCUCCCAAUUUGAAGACGUUUGAGACCCUAAUAUGGGGAUUUGGAGAAGCAAAGCUGCCAUGGAAAGCUGAAGAAAUACUCCAGAUUAUGAAAGAGUUUGGUGUUCAGCCAGAGAAAUCUACUGUCUCGCUUGUUGCAGACGCUUGGCGUUCAAUUGGAUUAACAAAAGAGGCAAACAGGAUGCUGGGUUCUGCAAGAAGUAUGGAAAAGACUCCUCAGGUUAAACAAGAAGAGGAGCCAUUUGAGAGCUUGGAGAAAAUAUAUCAAAAGAAGUCUGCAAGUGCAUUUCAUCCCAAUGUUUUACAGAUACCAUCAGCUGUAGCAAGUGAUCAAAAGGGGUUAGCUUCAGCAACUAGAAAAGGAAGAAUGGUUUUAAGAGAUGGUGAUUUCUCAUUGGACGUAUCAUCGCUUGCUGCAAAGUCUAUGAAUCUGUCGCAUAAUUGUAAAUUCGGGGAGCGAUCACCGAUUAUAUGCAGGAAGCAAUCUCAGGCGCAGCUUGGUGUGUAUGGUCAGUUUGCACAGCAAUGUACAGUUGUGUUCUUGAACUGAAGGAACGAUGCGAUUUGGAUGUAAACAGAGUCAUACAAUUCUCUCCGAGGAAAAUUCAGCAUAUAAAUGUUGUAGAUAGUGAAGAGAGUUUCUUUUCAUUGAAAUUUGCUUCUUUUUGAGCAUGUUGAUUACAUGUUGUAAAUGAAAUGUUUCACCUUGUACCUUCCCACAUUAAUCAUCAAUAUACUUAUUGACUCUUGAGAACA